ACGUAGGCGUGCUCUUACUCUACACUUCAGUCUCUGAAUGAACUGCAUAUGCAAAGUCACUGCUCCACUCACUUAUAAACAAGCCCUUGACGGCACGGGCAGUUCGAGAUUAUUCAGGCAGAAAGGAACACGACCUUGAGUAUCGUACCUUGAUACCUAGGCUGCAUAGGAUAACAUGGAAGCUCACGUUAACGCCAAGGUGCUACUCAACCAUGCGACGAGUCUACAGUUACACACAGGGAAUUUAGUGAACCGGAGCCGGCUUAAGAAAAAAUGUCCAUCUUCACCCAGUGAGGAGCUUCAAGACUGUAUCCAGGCUACAUUAAGCAAAUGGUUUGCCACCAUACCUUCUCUGGAAACGAAGGACCUUCCCAUGACGCUUGACUGUAGCAUACCUGAGGAGACCGAGGCCAUAACAGCCGAGGAGCGCGAGGAGCUGAAAGUGUCUGUGAAGAUUUUCCUCAGCGAGCGUGACUGCUCCUCCAUCAGAAAUGCUGUGGAGAUGGCUUGUCAGUCACUGGGAGUGUCUCAACUUGACUCGGUCAUCAUUGCUCCCCCGCCCCUGCCUGACGGUGACAGCCAGACCCUGGAGCAUCUGCAGCCCCUCUGGGCCGAGCUGGAGGGCCUGGUGCGCAGCAACAAGGUCACCGCCAUCGGGACGUCUGAUCUGGACAAGGCACUUCUGGAGCAACUCUACAACUGGGCACAGGUGAAGCCCAGCAGUAAUCAGGUGAAUCUGGCUUCCUGUUGCGUAAUGCCUCCAGAUCUCACAGCGUUCGCAAAGGAAUUUGACAUCCAACUGCUGACUCACAAUGACCCAAAAGAGCUCAUCUCAGCAACGGCCUUUCAAGAGGCGGUCCAGGCGAGCACCCAGGACCUGCAGGUGGCGCACUGGAGCCUGGAGUGGGUCCUGCGCUACUCUCUCAUCGUCAAAAGCAGAGGCAUCAUAAAGUCAAAAGGGUAUCUUGUUCACGCCAAGAGAAGUGCCCUUUAGCCAGCCACACACACCACCAACAUGUCAGAUGCGCAACUUAUGGUCGGGAAAGAAAUGAUGACCCACUGAAAUCAUCAUUUUUUUUGCAGUUACAGUAAACAUGCUCUGUUUAUGAUUUUACAUACGUUUUUAAACAACUCAAAUCUAUGAUGCUCUGUACUCUACAAUAUGUCAAGAGUAAGUGCCUGUUUCUGUGUUUUAUCUGAUUUCAUUUCUCCUCUGAACUUUCUUUUUAUGGUAUGAAACCCAGAAGGUUUAUUCACUGAGAGAGAGUAUAGGUAUAAUGUAAUUAUUCUUAAUAUAUGAGUUAUAUCAAUGUAAGUCAUUUUACAACACAGUGAGGAAAUAAGGUGAUUUGAUAUCUUAUUUUAAAAAGCACUUGAUUUUGAAUUGGCUAGUAGCCUGUAAAUGGCUCCAAAUGGCCCAAAUCUGUGCUGUCCUCACGGCUUAUUGCACUCUGAAUGAACAUGUUUACUAUAAGUGCAGCAAAUUUUAUCUGAAUUUUAAAAUAUGAAUGAUGGAAAGACUCAUUGUUUAAAUUGUUGAAUCAGGUUUAAUCAAAGGGAUGUGUCCCAUGAACACAAAAAUCCCUUAUUUGAGACGGCACAUAAAACUGGAAGUGUUCAAAGUUUGUUUAAAAAAAGUACUGUUCUUCCCCUCUCUGUCUCUGACAAUAAAUUGCUAUUUACAUUAUAGCUGCAAGUUCUGCUUGAGUCCAAGUAGUUUAAGAUUGGGACAUGUCAUACGCUGUACAUUUUCAAGUUUAUAUUAUCUCUGUAUAUUAUGUUUUUAAUUGGUGUCAUGAUACACAAUAAAUGUUCAUUAUGCAGACAAUUUUCUCUAAUGAAAUGUAACCCUUUACAAAAGAUCAUGUAGCUUAAUGUAAAUAAAAAUACCAUCAUGAGUUCGA